GAAGGAGGCUAUCGAGGUUGGGACGUUUCAGAGGGAGGUGUUGGUAGAGCCAUUGGCAAAAAGUUUCAGGAAUCAUCUCGUUCCACAGUCGACUGCAACAACACGACCUGAGCUCCACGGAGAGAAACUGAAAAUCUACACACUGUGACCUCCACACCUGAACCAUGAUGGACGAGGAGAUCAUCGAGGACCAGACCAAGCUGAAGCAGGGCCUGAUCCAAGUGCUGCACUGCGUGGCCACCAUCUCCUCAGCAGCAGCCGUGGUUAACCCCAUCUUCGGCGUGGCUGGCUCCCUGAUCCGGGUGGUGCUACACCACGUCGACGAUGAGGACAUCCGCACCCUCAAACGUGAGUUUGGCUCGGUCCACCAAAGGCUGGACCAGCUGUCUCAGCAGAACCGUAACACCCUGGUGCAGAUCAAGAAGGAGACGCUGAACAGCCAGUACUGUCAGGUGGAGGGGAACCUGAAGAACCAGUUCAGGAAGUUCAUGGAGAUGGUGGAGGCACAGCCGGACCUCCGCGAACGCAAGAAGGAAGACUUCGAAGAGAGCUACAGCAAUGACUUGGGUGAUCAGAACCUCCACACCCUCUAUGAUGGUGUGGUGGGUAAACCCAAGCUCUUCAGCAGGCCCAUCCUGGAGGUUUACCUCAAACACUCGGAGGGCGACCGCCAUACCAUGGAGCAACUGUGCACACGUCUCACCUAUCUGUUCUGCAUCGGGCUCAUCGCCCUCAUGGGACAUGCGGCCGUCACCGGAGACGACGAAGAGAGUCUGUGCGAAGAGUGGGCCGAGAAGAUGGAGCACGUGCAGGAUAAGAUGCAGGAAGCUCUGCGCUUGUGCAAAUGAAGAAGCGCCAUCAUAAAAAGAGCUUUUCUCCUCUGCUGCUUUCUGCUUCUUACUCCGGGGUCCAUGUUCCUCCUCUGCCUCUUAACGUUUCUCUUUCUCUCAGCACUUUGUCGGGUCACCAGUUGAGAACAUAACGAUAACGAUUGAGCAUCUUUGGCUGCAUUUACACUGACCAUGGCAGUGUAUGGUCAAAUCAGAGUCAAGCCUCAUUAGUAUGUGGAAAUAAUACAUGUAUACAAAUACUAUGGAACACGUGUACACAGUCUGCGAUCACAUGACCGUUUCAACCGGCGCAACGGAGGACGAGGCCUCUCACGAGUGCCUUUUUAAGCCUCUCAAAUUUCAUAGUAACGACACUUUCGCUUCCAAGUCAGUAGCCACGCCCAUCACGUAAUCACCUGAUUUCAGAUGUGGGUUAGAUUUGAAAGACAAUGUUACCUGAUACAGGAAACAUCAAGACCCUCAGUGUCAACCAAACACUUCUGAUAGAAACACAUGUACUAACACUACAUAGAAAAGAUGCCAUUAUUGUCCAUUAUGUCUCAGUACUAUGAUUAAAACUUACUCUGCUAGUAAGUUACUAUAUCACACACACACACACACACACUAAUAUUGGUAGCUUUAAAGCGUCCUUUCUCUGUAUUUUCUGGCUAAUAUAAAAUAUCACAACAUAACAUUUAAAUGUUUAUUUGAAAUUUGAUUCACUAGGGAUGCACAAUAUUAUCUGCACCAUAUUAUUGACUAUCUGCAAACACACUAAGGUCCCUGAUAUGGCUGUUGACUAUAACAGGUGGCUCAAUAGGCGGCCACCUCCAUGUCCUCUGUGCUGGCGCCCUCUACUGCUUUCUUUUAUGUUUAGUUAUUUUGCACAAUGAAGAAAAUAUAUAUCUGACAUGAGUAUGAAAAAUAUUCAC